AUGUCAACAUUACCAGCCUACACCAUAGACAAACGACAUGUUGAUCACGAGACAGGCUUACGAAUGCUCUCACUUCUAGCCGAACAGAAUCAAGCGGAUACAUUCAUCCAAUCGGCGGUACGUAACCUGCUGCGAGCGGAAGAUCAAGCCGCGAGAGAUUUUUGGGAAGCUUAUUACAUCCUCCCUUGGUUACCAGUCCCGACAACGGACAGGGUUCAAGAGCUUACUUCUCGCCAAGCGUCAUUCCAGGCCCUCAUAGAAAGUAAUCAGACCCCUGGCCAGCUACGUCGCCGACAAAUGGAAAGCCUCAGCACACUUCUACCCCAUGAGUUCGAUAUAAAUCACGGUAUCACAAUGUCACUAGAUUCAAUCCUAGUACGUAGCUAUACAUUGGGUUACUACACUUCAAAUAGUCAAUCGGUUUUUCAAGUCAAUCCGCCCCAUCCAGAUACCCAAUGGCGGCAAGAGUGGAGAAGAGCAACAGAUGAAGAAACCACAAGAAGACUACUCUAUCAUCAACCACCAUGGGGGAUCUUCUCGGACCAUCAGCGUCAGCUUUCCGCUUAUCGAGAUGAUCCUGACCUUGGCGAUAGGGCGCACGCUCAAUUCUACGAAACAGUGGACAGUUUGACUGAUCAAUGGGCUACGGGAAGUCUUUAUUAUUUUGAGGGGGAAUGGGGAGUGAUGAACAAUGCUAUCCAAGAUCUUGAGCAAAGUUUAGUGAACUCCAGACUCUGGCAGGAACAAGAAGGGACGCGAGAGGAAGCUUCACAGAUACUUCUCACCGGGUGCCAAGGAGUCAAUGAAGUGUUGGCUAGGUUGAUGACAGUCGACCUCCCUUCCUCCGAGGCGUAUAUCGAAGGGACCACGGAGGAAUAA